AUGGCAAACCUUGCGAAUACCAUGGAAGCUAAUGCUAUUACGACUCUGCAAGCGGUGCAGAGGUUAGGCCAACCGGAUGGGAAUGGCAAUGGAAAUGGUGAAGGAAAUGCGAAUAACAAUGCGGAGGGAAACGACGAUAACUUGGGAGGUGCCCCGAUGACCUUGGCGACUUUUCUCAAGGUUCAUCCACCAAUUUUCCGAGGAUCAACCAACCCUACAGAAGCAGACAACUGGUUUCAAGCCAUGGAGCAUGCUUUACAGGUGCAACAUGUUCCGAAUAACCAAUAUGUAGAAUUUGCUGCUUAUCAGCUUGCGGAAGAGUCCCAACACUGGUGGCAAGCAGAGUACCGCUUGCUACAGCUCCAGAAUGCUGAUGUUCCUUGGGAUACUACACAAGCAAAUUUGCGGAGCUUUGUAGGUUUUCUCGGGUGUGUCAGGGUACCCCAGAGAUCUACGAUAGCUGGAAGUGUUUCAAAGAUCCGUGUCUUCUCCGAGUUAGUGAACAAGGCGAGAGUGGUGGAAGAAUAUACAAAGACAAUAGCUUCGCCCAAGGAGACUCAUGGAGUAAAUACCAGUAGGGGACGUGGCAAGUAUUUUCAUUCGAGAGGUCAGAGUUUCAAGAGAGGAGGAUAUGCUCCUCAAGGGCAAGGAGGCUUCAGAAAGAACGCUCAGAAUCAGUUUCAGUAUGCCAAAGGGAGAGGAAAUCAGAGUAAGAUUUCUCCGGAUUUGACUUGUGCACAUUGUGGGCAUUUCAAUCCAUAUGACUCAUGCAAUAUUGGUUUAGGUGGUUGCUUCAACUGUGGCUUGCGUGGUCACAUUGCAAGGGAUUACACUCGUAGGAAGAACCCGAAUGCGGGUCAGAGUCAGCACCAAGGACGGAUUGCAUUGUAUGAUACUGGAGCUCCGCAUUUGUUUAUUUUGUUUGAUAAGGUUGAGGAACUAGGCUUGAAAGUGUCAGAGAUAGCAUUUGAUCUGCAUGUACAUAUUCCGCAUCAGACAAUUAUGACUAGAUCAGGUUGUAGGCAAGUAGGUUUCAAGCUUGAGGGUAGAGAUUUUGUGCAUGACUUGAUUUGCUUGCCAAUGAUUGGGUUAGAGAUGAUUUUGGGGUUUGAUUGGUUGUUGAAGAACCGGGUUUUGUUGGAUUGCUUUGAGCGGUUAAUUCAGUUUAUUCCGGAAGGAGAAAAGGGAGCAGUGAUAGCUGAGGGUUACUACCUGAACUCAGUAAUGGUGCACUGUAAUGGGGAAGAGUGUCAGGAUUAUGUUCUGUUGGCUGCAAACUCGUUAGGUGAUAAUCAGGAACUAGAUCAAAUACCGGUAGUUAGAGACUUUCCGGAAGUGUUCCAGGAAGAUAUUCCUGAAUUUUUACCUCAGAGGAAAAUUGAAUUUGUGAGUGAAUUGGUGCCGGAAGCCGGACCAGUGACGAUUGCGCCUUAUCGAAUGGCUCCGAUAGAGUUGGUUGAAUUGAAGACUCAGUUAGAAGAGCUUCUGAACAAGAGGUUCAUUCGACCAAGUGUAUCUCCGUGGGUAGCGCCAGUUUUAUUGGUGAAGAAGAAGGAUGGAGGAAUGCGACUGUGUGUGGAUUACCGACAGUUGAACAAAGUAACUAUGAAGAACAAGUACUCGCUGCCAACGUUAUAUGACUUGAUGGAUCAAUUGUAA